CGUGUGUGAGUGAGUGAGAGAGAGAAAUUACUUUUUUGGUUUCAGGCCUAGGGUUGAGGUGUACGUAUGCUACUCGCCACACGUCAAAACCCUACGGUGUGUCUGUGCGCGCGCGUGUGUUUUUACACGGUUCUCUGCGUAUUUGUGAUUACAUUUUUUAUUUCAGCCCUUGGUUUAAGGUGUAUAUGUGUAUGCUACUCGCCACAUGUCCACGUGUUGUGCAUUGAGACUCAAUCAUAUAUCCUAAAAUAUUAACUAUAUCAACCAUGACCACAAUUCGUACUUAAAUUAAAACCAACCAACAGAAUUCCAGUCAAUAUAACAUUUAUUGUAGCUUAAUAUUUCGAAACAAUAAACAUGGGGUCUAGUGGUCGAAAUAAUAAUAAAAAUAUAUAUGUUUUCAGUGAGGAAACAAAACAACUGUUCUCGAUAGCACCGGUGUCGCCUGCCUUGGGAAAAAAGAAAAAGGGACUAAUAUGAACAAUAUGAAAUCACACCGUACAAACCAUCUUUACAGCUCUUGUUUUUAUUUAGGUUAUACUCUUGUCUCAACGCAACGUGAUGUUCAAUGCCCUGAGAUGUCUUGAAAUGUAUUUCAUAUUAGAGCACACGUUGCAGUUAUCUACUUCGACAUUUGAAACAGAAUUACAGACUAUACAGUAUGUCCUUAAUACAGAGCUUUGCCAUUUUUGAAUUUGGUCCGUUUAACAUCACAGAAAACGUUGACAAUUUAUUACUGGCUAAGUCAAAAUGUUUCGAAAUCGCCACUGUUUUGCUUUAUUUUAUUUGACAUGAGGGUAAAUUGAAUGUUAUCACCCAAGUGGAACCACUUCUCAAUUACAUCAGGUAAAGGGAAGCGUAAAUGAGAUGGACAAGAUCAUUGUUAUGAAGAUGGACACUUCCUCCAAAGCAGCACCGGCCUUGAGUGAACGUGAGUGACCCAACAGACGCGGGCCGAAGCCAGUGACGGUGAGGAAGACCAUGGCGGCUCUGGCACACACCGAACUGAUUACAUUCCUGUCUUCUCGCCCUCUGUGCCCUAACAACAACAUGUCAAUUUCGACUCCAGGCCCCAGACUCCUCACACAACUACAGGAAAUGCAAAAAUAUGUCAGUGUAUGGUGUGGAGGCCGUGCGCAACGGCGCGUAUUGGCACAGUGGUAGCAUUUUUUUUUAUUUUAUUUUUUCAAUAAGAGAGCAUACUAAAGUACGCAUUUCUAUUCAAAACAUUUAUAAGUGCCACACAAAGUCUUAGCUACCAUAUGAGGCACUGGCUAGUGGUUGCUUUCCAUAUAAAUGUAUAACUUGGGCAAGGGGCUCCGUCACUACCGUGUUGGCAUUGAAAUCUCUUUUUGGCUGUGAAAAAUUCUUCCACCUCUGCUAUGCUUAUCAGAACGAAAUCUGACUAGCCUGUAUGCAUUAGCCUACCUUGUAGAGGGAAGAUUUAUUUUGUCCACCGGAGAUUAAGACGUCGUAAACUUUUGAACUUGUUGGUCAUAUUUGAACGUUGACUGCUUUCUAAUAUAGCUACCUAGCAUAGACAGCAUUUCCUUUUGACAUGCGCUUCAGAGAAUGGUGCUCGAAAUCUAAGCAUGUGCGUUAGACAAGUAAAUAGAACUGUCAAAACAAGCGAACAAUAUGCAGUAUUUUUUUGUAUUAUCCUCACAACCCAUUUGCAAAUAACUAUUUAAAGCGUUGUAAUGUCGACGUAGGCCUAAACAUUAGCAAGUUGCAAAGUUAAACCAAGGACAUUGACUACGCGGGCCCACUCAUUUAUUCGCUACACAAACAUAGCAUAUUCUCAUAUAUAGGCUACACAUACUUUCAUAAUGGUCAUUCAAACAUAUUCAACAUAUUCUCUUCUCUGUUCCUUUUACUUCAUAGAACCCAUUACGCACACGGGGUCCAUGUAAUUACACUGCUGUAAGAGAUUGGCAGUGCUUAUUGCCAUUCAGCACACAUAUUGUUUACUGAUAUUGUGAAUUAUUCUUUGGCAAACCGUUGUAGACAUGCACAACGCCUGCAGUCAAGGUUCAGUGACUAGAUUCGAGUUGUUUCCCUCUCCAAAAUAUUAAAUUGGGCAAUGAUCCAUUUUGUUGUUGUUUUCAUCCGCACUGGCUGCCCUUUUGACGACAGACUUAGAAUGGAAAACAAAUAUUGUAAGUAUUUUAAGAUGCCUCCUGUUUCCAAGCAGAAUAGUUUUGGUCAGGAUAAUUGCAAUGAGCCUUCGAAGCCUCUUUACUUUGGAUAUUUGCUGGUCUAGAGUUUGUGGUGUGAGGACAUACUUGUGGGGUUUACAGAAAAAUGUAUCUCAUAUUUUUGGCUCACUUUGCUGUCGUAAUAGGACGGGGUGUGUCAAAUUAUCGACAGCAGUCAACACUAUUCGGUGUGCACAUGUAAACUAUCACCAUACCAGUGCAGUCUGUUACUAGACACGCGCAGCAAGAAAUAGGUCAUUGCGCUUGCCCUGGAAGCUUGCGCUUUUUAAGUUUAACAGUUCUAAAGGUCCACAUGAAAGUGGAAUAAAGGACUCAAUCCGUAGUCACCGAAGAUAUGUCUAAUCUCUGAAUAGAAGACGAUUUGUAGUUUCUCUUCGGUGAGGCAAACUGCUUGCUCUCCGCGACGUGGUAACAGCAAGUCUGUAUCGAGGCCACAGCACCGUUGCCGGGUGCCAAGUCAUUCAAAAUGGUCGCUGAAAAUGUCUGAAAUAUACUCCACCGGUUCCAAAUUAUGGCCACGGAGAAUUCCUCGGAUGACACCCAUUUGAGACGUCCCAACGAUGUUUCAUAAUUUCUUUAAAACUUCUCCUCUCCUGUUGAAUUUCUUCCGUGUUCGGGCUACCUAUUACGUGCUGCCUGGUGAGCGCGUUUCUGGUGGUGGGAGGAAUGCUGAAGCAGUGGCGUUUACGGUCUCCGCCACAGGCAGUAUAUCAGGUCUAUAAAAAUCAAAGCUGCCUGAUGUACUAUUUUAUUAUAGUAUUAAACGACCAAAAAAGUUCAAGUAGUUUCUUCCAUAAAUACACGGGAUUGUCGCGUGGUGGUGUUUAAUGCCCUCGUUAAGAAAAAUUACUGUUAAUUUUCCAAUAAAGCACUAUUUCACCCUGACGCCCCUCCGCUGAAAUAGGCCACGACAUUAGCACGAGAAAAUAAACAAUUGUCCAAGGAUAAAACGCAUCAAAGUGGUGUUAUGACAUAACAUUGCGUCAUUAGAAAUAGACAGAUGAACUUGGGGAGGCCAUUGGCUUUGCUUAUGCUUAAUUUAUGUUUUAGAUAUGAAAAGCUGCGGAUAAUUUAAUGUCCUGGACGUCAAGAUGGAUGUAUUAAAAAAAGUCUGCAUCCUAACGGCUCUUUCUCGCAUGUACACAGAUAUGCAAAUCUGGUCGCCAAAAUACGGUCAUUUCCCCUUUUAUUUGGCACCUAUUGUUCCUGCAUAUGCACGCUCGCAUAAUGUCACCGCGAUGCAAAAUUGAAGUGGAAAUUUCAUCGAGCGCCGUAGAUAUACUGUGAUGUAUAGACACAGUCUCAUUUUGCAUAUUGCAUAAACAAGACAAUUUAUUUAGUGGGGAAAUAUGGAUAGAGCGAGAGAGGAGGAGAGCUCGCGCGCAGCCCCCUGGCGGAGUGAUUUACGCCCCAUUGACGCUUUAUCAGGCUCGUGAAAAAAGUCUGACCAAUCAUUUAGCUCGGUGCUCACAACACAGCAGCCCGGCUCUACUUUGUUGGCGAGAGAGAGAGAAAGAGGGCGAGAGUUGAGGGGGGACUAGCGUGGAAAAAAAAUCCCCAGCUCUGUCUUACUACAUGCUUUCCCUUCAAUGAACCGUGCUUUGUAUAAUGUCCGAGAAUGUCCAUUUCUGGAACCCUAAGCAACUACUUUGUCGAUUCCAUCAUAAGUCAUGAGAGUGAGGAUCCGACCUCGGGCCGUUUCUCCAAUGCGCAGUACUCCAGCCCGAGACAACCGGGACACGGCGAGCAUCCCGAGUUCCCCUCGUGCAGCUUCCAGCCCAAACCUCCAGUGUUCAGCUCGUCCUGGAGCCCGUUCAGCCCACAUUCAGCCUCCAACAGCCUCCCGGCGGUGUAUCACCCUUACAUACCGACUCAGCCAGUCCCGUCCACCGACAGCAGAUACCUCCGCUCAUGGCUCGACUGUGCUCCGAGGACCGCCGAUUCCCUGCCCGGGCAAGGGCAGGUCAAGAUGGAGCCGCUGCUGGGACACCUCGGGGAACCCACCAAAAUCGGAGGGCACGAAUACAUUUUGGAGUCGUCCUCGGCUCGUGAGCUGAACCCCGGCCAGGGCACCGGGUUCGAAGACAAUAAGGACGUUUGCGAAGGUAGCGAGGACAAAGAGGGGCCAGAUCAAAAUGACCCUUCGGCCAACUGGUUACACGCCCGCUCAUCACGGAAGAAGCGCUGCCCUUACACCAAAUACCAGACCCUGGAGCUGGAGAAGGAGUUCCUCUUUAAUAUGUACCUGACAAGGGACCGGAGGCACGAGGUAGCUCGCUUGCUGAACUUGACGGAGCGACAAGUGAAAAUAUGGUUUCAGAACAGACGGAUGAAGAUGAAGAAAAUGAAUAAGGAUCAGCCCAAGGACUAAGGAGCAAAGUCUGCCCCGCGUACCCACUUGCGCUCAACACACACACACACACACACACACACACACACACACACACACACACACACACACACACACACACACACACACACACACACACACACACACACACGGGCCUUUGCAGAAAGUCGGGCCCGUUUCUCGAUGGUGAUGAUACAUAGGGUGUCUGUCUUUGAUUUGGCUCUUUUGAUAUAAUAAAACGCACACUCAUUGCCGGGCAGCAGACCAACUGUUGAAAACGGGAAGGGUUGACGCAAGGGCACGUCGCGCGGUCCCAGGCUCUACAAGGCGACUUUUAUUACUUAUUUAUUUUCUAACGCACUGCGCCUGCGCUCCAACGGGACAGACAGACAGAGAGACAGGCAGGCAAGCAGGCGGAAAGGGCGCUGAAACAUUGGGGUUUCAUGUGACCACGAAUACUUAUGAAAAGAAUGGUGGAUGCUAACCAUGCCUGUAACCUACCUGUAUUCUGUCUCUUAUCCCUGGAUGUUUUAUUUUUUUAAUCAUUCCUCCCUUUUCUGCUUUAACACCAAUCAUAUUUUUUGUGAUGUUUUAUAAUUUACAAACAACAGUGAAGUGAAACCGUGAUUAUUUGGCGAUUAUUUAAAUAAAUUGUAGUGGGUGUAAAUUAAUUAUGUCGCUCUUCGUUAGGUUGUGUAAGUUUUAUUUGAGUUAGUUUUUUGUCUAUAGGCUAUAGAUGUUCUUUGGCUGUUGCGUGUAAAUUGGCAGAAUACGUCAACUGUAGUUUACGUAGAUUAUGAUUAUGAUUAUUAUGAUUAUGAUUAUUGUUAUUAUUAUAAUAAUAAUUAUUAUUAUUGUUAUUAUUAUUAAGUAAGGUUUCCUCGCGACUUUGCUCAAGCUCGUAUAAGAACGCAGCUAAUCGUGAACAGUGUCGCAAUCUUGCGUGAUAGCGGAUACUUUAAGUGUGUAUCUGCCCAUGAUUUUGACUAGAUAUCUACUCUGAAACUGGAAAAUACUAAUGAUGUUUUUACUAAAACAAGUUGUCUUGUGUGAAGAACUGUUAACGGGCCUCUUCACCAUAAAGUGACCUUGUACGGGUACAAUAGGCCUAUAUAUUUUUUAAAACGACUGUCCAUUUUCUUUCCCAUCUAAGUGAUACAGUUGUGUGUCUUAUUUUAUUUCAAGGGGCAUCGAUAUCAUACGGGGAAUUAUUUAUGAAUUUGGGGAAUUUGGGGGUGUCCAAAUUGUGCUUUUUCUUUAGAAGUUUGAUUACCUGGCUUGAUCCAAUCGACAUUUGCGCACCACAUUUAGGCCUACUGAAAUGUAGUAUUAGCUCUUAUACUUUAACCCAAAUUUUAUGUCAACGAGAUCAUCCAGUGUUGUUGCUACAGACAUGAAUGUGUCAGUGACCCAGGGAACGCGUAACUGUCCAGAAUGCCCUCCGUUAACAGUUCUCCCAUCGGUUACGAGCAAAAUGUUUACAUUAACGCAUGCUCAUUUCUGUCAUCUUUUAGGUUCUGUCCUCAUGUGCGUGUUUUUGUUCUUAUUAGCCUAUAGAUGUACCAGAAGAGUCCUCCUUAUACUAUAUGAUCAGAUAUGUCGUCUAACUUAUUGUAAAUAGGCCUACGUGAAUAACCCUGUCUCUUUUUAAGGAGUGCAUUUUAUAUUUCUAAGAAGGCGGGUGUUUUUUUGGGAAGGAAUUACUUGAAUGAGAAAAAAAUAGACACACUCUUUUGGAUUUUUAGUUCUUGUUUACGUGUAAUUGUCCAGAAUGUCCUGACAUUCAGUUGUAUUGUCCAAUAAAGCAUUUUCUGUAUUUGCUA